CCCCUCUCCCCUCACGCAAACCCUCGUCGUCCCCGAUCCGCGCCGUCCAAACCCGACCCCCAAACCCCACCGUCUCCCCCUCCCCGAGCGAUACUGGCGAUGUCGACGACGAUCCGAUCCAGCGCCUCCUCAAGCGGGACUACAAGUGGGGAUUCUCCUCCGAUUUCGAAUCCUUCUCCAUCCCCAAGGGCCUCAACGAGUCCACCAUCCGUUCGAUCUCCGCCCUCAAAGAGGAGCCCGAUUGGAUGCUCGAUUACCGCCUCAAAUCCUUCCGCGUCUUCCUCUCCAAAUCCGAGCCCACAUGGUCGGAUAACGUUUACCCUCCGAUCGAUCUCCAAUCCAUGUGCUACUACUCGGCGCCGAAGAAGAAGCCCAAGCUCGGGAGCCUCGACGAGGUCGAUCCGAAGCUUCUGGAGACGUUCGACCGCUUGGGGAUCCCGCUCAACGAGCAGAAGCGCCUCGCAAACGUCGCCGUCGACGCCGUGAUCGACUCCACCUCCAUCGCCACCACCCACCGCGCCGCGCUCCUCGAGAAAGGCGUCAUCUUUUGCUCUAUCUCCGAGGCCAUCCGCGAGUACCCCGAUCUGGUUCGCCCUUACCUCGGCAGAGUCGUCCCGCCCGGCGAUAACUACUACGCCGCACUCAAUUCGGCCGUGUUCAGCGACGGCUCAUUCUGCUAUGUGCCCAAAGACACCGUUUGCCCCAUGGAGAUCUCAACCUAUUUCCGCAUCAAUGAUCGAGAAACUGGCCAGUUCGAAAGGACCCUAAUUGUCGCCGAUGAACGGAGCUAUGUUAGCUACCUAGAGGGUUGCACGGCGCCGUCCUAUGACCGGAACCAGCUCCACGCGGCAGUCGUGGAGCUGUUCUGCCACGACGGUGCAGAGAUCAAGUACUCCACAGUCCAGAAUUGGUAUGCGGGGGACGAAGAAGGCAGGGGCGGCAUUUACAACUUCGUUACCAAAAGGGGAAGGUGUGCGGGCAAAGGAUCAAAGAUCUCGUGGACGCAGGUGGAAACUGGGUCGGCGAUCACGUGGAAGUACCCGAGUGUGGAGCUUGUGGGGGAUGAUUCUGUGGGCGAGUUCUACUCAGUGGCGCUCACGAAGGAUUAUCAGCAGGCGGACACAGGAACGAAGAUGAUACACAAAGGGAAGAACACGAAAAGUAGGAUCGUUUCCAAAGGAAUCUCAGCUGGAAAGUCGAGGAAUUGCUAUCGGGGGCUCGUUCAGGUUAACUCCACUGCAGAGAAAGCUCGGAACUUCUCGCAGUGCGAUUCCAUGCUUAUCGGUGACACGGCAGCGGCCAACACAUAUCCCACUAUACAGGUAAGCGGCCCUACGGCCCGUGUAGAGCAUGAGGCAAGUACCUCCAAGAUCGGCGAAGACCAACUGUUUUAUUUCCAGCAAAGAGGAAUCGAUCACGAGAAAGCUGUCGCAGCAAUGAUUGGUGGCUUCUGUAAAGAUGUCUUCGAGAAGCUGCCAUUGGAGUUCGCCUCGGAAGUAAACGCACUAAUGAACCUGAAGCUCGAAGGCUCGGUUGGUUAAUAGUUAGAUAUCUAUAUAUUCCAGGAAUGGAACCCUUUACAGUUUCUUGUUUAUAGGUUUUUUCAAAAGCUCUACAUGUGUAUAGCUCAAAUCAGAGAGAGGAUAAAGUUUCUUGAGAACUAUCUUUGUAGAAUUCAAAUGUUAUGUCAAGUACUUGAUGUUAUGUAGAAUUAAUCUCAAACUUCAAAUAAGAUGCACGAAUUUUCUGAGAU